UCUACGGCCGAUUCCUCUUCCCUUCGACGGUGCCUUCUGCUUCUAUGGUUAAACAGACGGAGUCUUCCAUUUUACAAAACAUAAGAGAAGAGAAAAGCGGUCGUGUUUAACUACAACGUUUGUUUUCAUCGUUAGAAAAGAAAGGAAACGGCAAAUGCAACCCGCCAAACCGCGGGAAGAAAAGGCAACCCUUUGUAUCCUUUUUCCUUUCCCGUCGCAAAUUCGCAUGGAGAAGAGAACUUCAAAUUCUUUUUUCCGGCCGAAUGAUUUUAUUAAUAUUCACUUGGAUCUGAAAAUAUUUAUUUAAAAUUUUCCCUCUUCAUAUUAUUAUGGUCGUCUCCAUUUGUAUAAAGCACAAAAAUACAAGCUGACGGCACAACCAACAAGGAGAGAAGAAGAAAGGAGAAAAACCCUCCAAUUUUUUCUUUACUCACCAAUCUCAUCUUGGAAAAAUCCAAGAUUCCCCAUUUCUCCCCCCAGCACACUCUGUUUCUCAUCUGGGUUUGCUCUAUUUCACUGUGAAGUUCCGAUUUUUAGCCUUCGAAAGUGUCACCAAUUAAUUUUGUUUUAGUAACUUUCACAGUCAUGAAACAAUGGAGGUAACCUUGUUGGUUGUUGUGGGUAAGAGAGUGUGGCUUUUGCUGAGUCUAAGCUGAGAGAAGAGAAAGAAGGAAUCUUUUAGGCAAUGGCGGAGUAAGGGAAGAAAUUCCCCAGGAGAAACAGAAAGGGGGGAAUUGGAUAAGUACUGGGAGAUUUUUUUGCUUUCUUUUUUUUUCCCGCAAGUUUUCAUUUUGGGAGUGAUUUCAUCAGCGGGACAUGGGCGCUCUUUUAAUUGGGGGCACAGAGAGAGGGAGACCUGUUUCACUUUAUUAGGAUGGUUAUGAUGAUGAUGGGAUCGGUUUUUUGUUGUGUUGUUUCCAUAUUUCCUGGUUUGCCUACGUAUUAAGUUUUGGGCAAGGCUUCGAGGGAUCUCUCUCUCUCUCUGUGGAACUCUCUUUAUAAUAAUAGCAGGAGAAUCGUUUGGUAUCUUCAAGAAUCUUUGACAUACCAAAGUGAGUUCUUCUUCUCUUCCUCUUCUUCCUCCUGGGCAUGUUCAAUUCUGGAGAUCUGAUUUGAAUGGUAUGGACUGAUAAAUGCUCUAUUGUUUCAUCUGUGUUGGGGUUUUGGUAAAGAGAGAGCUCAUUUGAUUUGGGGGUUUUCUACCUUUCUCUUUGCUAAUGGGUUUGGUCUAAAAUUGGAAUUUGGAAUCAAAAGAGGGAAGUUUUUUCCCCCUCAUGUGGGGAAUCCAUGAAUGGGGCAGAAAAGACGCAGCUUUUCUUCUUUCUUCUCCUUUUUAGGGUCUACUUAGUGGAUGUAGUGGCUUCCUUUACUUGAUAUGGUUGUUUGUUAAGCUGGAAUUUUUUCUAUCUCCCUCUUUAUCACUUUUCCAUUUUGGAGUUCUUCAAAUUCAUUCAUUGACUCUAAAUGUGUUAGUAGCCAAAAUCUCUACUCAAUUCUUGAAAUGCAUCUAUCUUUUCUCAGAUAUGGAAGUUGGCUGUAUUUGCCAAUCUGGGUUGGUCUUCUUUUUGCUAUUUGUAGCUAGCUUCCUAUGUAUUGACUAUGGUGGGAUUGAACAGCUUUGAAACAGGUCUUUAGGAUUUCAAGACAGUGUUCUACUUGGUUUCUUCAAAGAAGAAGUUUGUCCUUUUGAACCUGAGUUUUGGCAAAGCAUGGAUGGCGCUUGGCAAUCAGGAACCCUGCUGGAUUCUUUGGCCGAUACCUUGGCAGACAAUACCAUGGAUUUCGAUUACAUGGAUGAAUUGCUGCUCGAUGGCUGCUGGCUGGAGGCAGCAGCCGAUGGAUCAGAUUUCUUCUACCCUGGUCCAGCAGAUUUCACUUUCCAUCCAUCGUCAAAUGCCUUACCUUGUCCGGAGAUCACCAACAAUGUCGAGAUGCCUACAGAUAGUACACCUGAAAUGGGCAAAGAAGAAGCAGUAGAAAUGAGGAAUUCUUCACAUAAUGGAGUUGGUGUCUCAGGGAGGGAAGAAAAUGAAAAGGAUGCAAUUGAAGGUUACAAAAGGUGGUGGAUUGGACCUAAAGCGCCUGGGAGCUCAGUAAGGGACCGGUUGAUGGGCGCCAUAGGUGGGAUACGAGACUUGAUCAAGGACAAAGAUGCACUCGUCCAGAUAUGGGUUCCCACGGAUCGAAUGGGAAGGCGUGUAUUGACGACUUUCAACCAGCCAUUCACCCUAGAUGGGAGCUCCCAAACAUUGGCUAACUACAGGGACAUAUCGUUAAACUAUCAGUUUUCAGCUGAAGAGGAGGACUCCAAAGACCUUGUGGGGAUGCCCGGUCGAGUAUUUUUGGGGAAACUGCCUGAGUGGAGUCCUGAUGUGAGGUUCUUUAGGAGCGAGGAGUACCCUAGGGUGGAUCACGCUCGGCAGAACAAUGUGUGUGGCACUCUGGCUGUUCCAGUGUUUGAGCAACAGAGUAAGAGUUGCUUGGGUGUGAUUGAGAUUGUGACGACGAGGCAGGAGGUCAAGUAUCAGUCGGAGCUCGAGAAAGUGGCCAAAGCACUUGAGGCUGUUGAUCUCAGGAGUUCAGAAAAUCCCAGCUGUCUGAACAUGAAGGCUCAAGAGAUUGCCUACCAAGCCGCAUUGCCUGAAAUCCAAGAAGUCCUGAAAUCAGCUUGCCAGACACACAACCUCCCCUUGGCUCAAACAUGGGUACCCUGCAUCCAGCAGGGGAAGAAAGGAAGCCGGCAUUCCGACGAGAACUACCCUCACUGCGUCUCCACGGUAGAUCAAGCCUGCUUCGUAUCCGAACCCCGAAUUCGAGGCUUCCACGAGGCCUGCUCCGAGCAUCACUUGCUUAAAGGACAAGGCAUUGCGGGCAGAGCAUUCACCACGAACCAGCCAUGCUUCUCCGGCGAUGUGACGGGGUUUUCCAAGACCGAGUACCCCUUAUCACACCACGCCAGCAUGUUCGGAUUGUGUGCCGCGGUGGCAAUUCGUCUGAGGAGCGUACACACGGGGUCGUCGGAUUUCGUGCUUGAGUUCUUCUUGCCAGCAGACUGCCGAGCGGCCGAGCAACAGGAAGAGAUGCUGAAUUCGUUGUCGGUGAUUAUUCAGAGAGUUUGCCGGACAUUGAGGGUGGUGACGGAUGAGGAAAUUGAGCGAGAAGAAGCGGAUCUUUCGAUUUGUGGGCCGAAUCGCUAUGGUGAUUCUUCUAGGCCUCCUCUUGAUGGUGAUGGGCUCGAGGGAGCUCAGGAAUGUGAGGGUGACGUUGCAUUGCUGGAAAUAGGCACAGGAUUGAGGGUGAAAUCACCGGAUGGUUUGAAUAAUUCUGGUGAGGGAAAGCAAGUGGAUAGAAAGCGUACCAAGGCGGAGAAGAAGAUCACAUUGGAAGUUCUUAGGCAACAUUUUGCUGGAAGUUUGAAAGAUGCUGCUAAGAGUCUUGGAGUGUGUCCGACGACAUUGAAACGAAUCUGCAGGCAGCAUGGGAUCACGCGAUGGCCUUCUCGAAAGCUGAAGAAGGUUGGUCACUCAUUGCAGAAGCUCCAGGUUGUGAUGGAUUCGGUUCAAGGCGGCUCUGGUUCGUUGCACAUACGUUCGUUCUACUCCAACUUCCCCGAGUUGGGCUCUCCACCGGCUUCGAAGCCAGACGAUACCCUGAACCUGUUGAGCACGCAGCCUGAGGCUGCCGACAUUUCUAGUAGUGGUGCCCAUGUAGCUGCAGUAAAAUCAACUUCCUCAUCGUCAUGCAGUCAGGGUUCUAACUCGAGCCACUCCUUCUCCAGCGAGUCACAUAAGCAAGUUCAAGCCACUGAGUGUCCUUCCAUGGUGGGAAAGGACUCGUCUUCGUCAGGUGCAAGUGGGGAGAUAAAAAGGAUCAGAAGUGAAGCAGAGCUUCGUGCCUUUGGGGAAGAGGAGCCCGUUAAGGUACAACUUCCAAGAGCUCAGAGCCAUCAGUCUCUGGCAGACCGGGGUAAUUUGGGCGAACAUCAUCCUCUCUUGGCAAAGAACCCUGGCAUUCGGGUUUCCCAGUGGAAAGCAGAUGCCCAGCGAGUGAAAGUUGCAUACGGGAACGAGAUAGUGAGGUUCCGAAUGUCCAGCAACUGGAGGUUCAAUGACUUGUUGAUGGAGAUUGCAAGGCGGUUUGGUAUCGAUGACAUGAGCAGGUUUGAUGUCAAGUAUUUGGACGACGACUCUGAGUGGGUGCUGAUAACGUGCGACGAAGAUGUUGCUGAAUGUAUUGAAGUCUGCCAAGCAUCUGGGAGCCAAACUAUAAAACUCUUGCUCCAGGUUUCUUCUCGAGGCGUGUGAUCAAGAUGUGUCUGUAGAUAGUGUUUCUGUACAGUAAAAGUAGGAGACAAGUGUUCUUUAGCUCUAGAAAUGGUCUUUAGAACAGUUGAAUGCAAGGUUCCCUAUCGGGAUCGUUAAGGCAAAUGGGAUCUUAUAUGGGUAGUAGGUUUAGUUUGGUUUUUAUCUGGCUGAUUCAUUAUUCUUCAAGGAAGUGAAUAAACUUGUAAAAAAAUUUCUGUUGUUUC